CUUCCUCUCGCCGUUGCCGGAGGAUAAUCAAUACGCAAGGGUCAUGUGCGCGGGCGAGGAUCUGCCAGCGUUUCCGGCCGACAUGAAGUCCGAGUAUCGCAAGGUCUACGCCCCGGAGCGCAUGUACGGGUUCUGGCUCCGGCAGUUUCCCCCUGUUUGGAAGGGCCCUCACUCCCAAUUCGAGGUAACGGCGUACCACCCCUGGGAUGAAAAAGAGCGCAAGCUCUGCAUUCCUCCAGGAAAACGAGGCACCGCGGGAAUCAUCAGGUACUCCAUGCGUCAGGACCACGUCGUGAACCUGCGCGUUGGAUUCGACGCCAUGCUUAACCCCGUAGUCCAGUUUGGUGGCUCUCUCAUGACAGACGCUCGGUUCAAAGCCCGCGACCCCAAUGCCUUUGAGGUGCAGAUGGCAGACGACUGGAUGGACGAACGGAGAGAGCGCGUUUUCAUCGGAGACAGGAACCACGGACUCAACCUGAACGACGGGACAAUCCGGAUACUGAUCCUGGAGGAGGUGGUCAAGAGACAGCGGAUGUGGGUAGUCUAUAUCGCGAAGCCGGAAAAUGGAGCCUGGCACAAAGACUGCGUCUGCAAUGGAUGCUUGCUUACGGUGUUUGGGACUCGGUAUCGAUGCAGGUUAUGUCCUGGAUUUGACUACUGUUCCGAUUGCUUCCAGAACGCGAAGCGUACGCAUCCGGGCCACAAAUUUGACGAGGACAAGCCGGUUUGGCAUGCUGGAGUGUACUGUGACUGGUGUCGUGAGGGUAUAUAUGGACCGCGGUAUAAAUGCAAGGACUGUGCAGACUUUGAUCUCUGCUGUUACUGUAUGAAAGAAUCGAAAAAUAUCCAUCCCGGACACCGAUUCUCUGAGAUUGACCGUCCUGGAGGUCAGCCUCGUGAGACUAUGUCAAUCCGAGAACAGAACACAGUAUCGAUCAGUCAGCUUCAGCGCAUUACGAAUGACGUCGGCGCAUCUAGACGAUCAGAUCCUAGGAGAGCCUCGCAAUGAGAGCGGCUCAGAUGUAUCUACAUUCUUUGGAAAGGGUGCUGCGAGGAACAGAGAGACAAGAUCGACUGAGUAGACGGAUCAAGGACAGGUGUGUGAUGGGGAUUGUCGAUAGUAAUAGAGGACCGGGCCAUCACUUGAGGACGCUCGGCUGCCGACAAUUCUAUGAAGUCUAUAGUGCAUGACUGAAAUAAAGC